AUGGACCCCUUUUCCUCUCGAGACUUGCCGGACUUGACACCUCUGCGGUCGCCAAUGCCAUCAUCGUCAUCAUCAUCGUCAUCAUCAUCGUCAUCCUCUCGCCCACAGUCCGCAGGAUAUUUCUCUCGUGCACCCCCACAGCGCGACCUAGGACCCCGCAAUCUUCUAACGCCACCCGACUUGUCCGGCGCUUCGAUUCCGAGCCCAUCUAUCAACCCUGUGCGAAAGAUCACCCCGCCGGAAGAACAUCUUUUAGUAGCAGAGGAUCGAUUCCGACAAGCAGAGAGAUACGUCGAAGAGUACAGAGCCUCGAUGAAACCUGGUCCGGGACGGGAUCUACCCCGUCCUCUAGAGGACUACGAGACUCCCCUUCGCAUCAAGAUGCCAGUGGGUGAUUGGAUCAAGUUAGACCAGAAGUUGAACCCAGAGGAAAACGAUGACCCAUAUCCUCGUCUAUCGUACAAUGCCGCGACAUCAACCGUGAUUGUGGAAUGCAUGCCAAGCCCACUUCAUCAGUCCAUCACUUCACUCCUAAUUGAUGAAUUCAUCGAGUCCAGAACAACCCUUUCCCGCGAUCUCAAAAGGCAGACACGUGUUUCGUGGGAGACAACCUGCAAUAAAUUUGGUAGUGAGUGGGCAGGGUCUCGUAAACGACCCGAUCUUAGCAUUGCAGUACGUGAUACGAGUGGAACUCCGAGGCUGAAAUGGGUAGUUGAAGCUGGCUUAUCAGAGACAUACGACCAAUUGGUAGAGGAUGCGCGACUUUGGUUGGAAGGUCAUCUUGAAGUUGCUAUGGUUAUACUUGUCAAGUUUUGCGAAAGCCCGCGAUAUCGAUGUCCAGUCCCGAAGACUCAAGAUCCAGAAGAGCUAGGCAUUCCUUUGGACGUACUUGAGAUUGAUAGAACAGAAGUCACUAUGGAAGGACAAUUCGGGCCUGCUACGUACAAAGGACAUAAGUGGGUGGGAAAGAUCUCUGAAGUCUUUAUGGAGACCUGGGUUCAGGAUGCAGGUGGAAGGGCGGUGCGACGAGGCAAUCGGGAAGACCUCUUACAAGCUGGUCAACUUCAACUAUCUUUUGGGAAUAUCUUGCCUCCUGGUUAUCCUCAGACGAUUACUUUGGACUUGAAUGAGUUCCAUAAUGGGUUGAAAGAAGAGAUACAGGAGUUGGCUGCUCACAGAUGUAGGGAAAUGGUCAAUGAUUGGCUGGUUGCUGUAUCCAGAAUGAAGAGCGAGGCCAGUGUUCAAGCACUUGGUGAGCAACUUCGCUGA